AUGGCCAUGGGACUCAUUUAUCGUACUCACCCCUGGCGCAACGACGUAUGUGAUCGAUCCAGAAACUGAGCUGGCACGUUACAGCGGCUGAUCCCUGUUUCCCGGCUGCGCUCAAGUGGUGUCUCUUUGAGUAGAGCGCUCAACUCCACGUGUAGAGUGUCUGCCCAAUACGGCGCCCAACUGCAAUGCGACUGAUACUGCUUCCAGCACGUCACGUCAUGUCUGGUGCUCUUUGAAUUCUGAUCCACAAUUUUCCACGGCCGUAUGCUCCUGUAGCCACAUUUUACGCUGGAUUUCAAUUUAGAACUAAUGGUUUUUUCUGCAUGUUGCCUGCUGUGCCAUAUACUACGCUCUACCAAUCUUAUCUCGUGCAUGUCAAUGUCAAGGCUGGGGCGUGAGAACCGAAUGAAACCGCUCCGGCUGCUGCUGUAAAGGGUAUCAGGGUAGCAAUUGUUCCUGCAGUAUUUGCUGAAAACGUCCAGACUUCUGUCAACGAUCUAAUAUUUGCACUGCAAUUCUUUCAUAAACCUCUGAACCGCAAGAGCACACUACAAGUGAUUGUUUUUGUCACCAUCAGCCGCAGCGUGUAAUUUUUUAUUUCGGCCGGGUGAAUCGAUGCAGAUACGGCUUUUGCAAGCGUUCGUUAUUCCUAGCGACACCCAUCUGAAAUAAUUAUAGCGUAGAGCAUUCAGAUACAGAGGUUGUACCGCUGCAACAGGCCUAUUUAUUUGUUUGUUAAUGGAAUGUCGGUUGCUGAAUUUGCUUCCACAAGUGUCCUGAACGGAGGUUCCAAGCAUGACGGAAAUACCGAGAAGGGGAUGCCGGCUUCUUAUGGCAGUGAAGUGCAGCAUCGCCGUCAUCCAACUUCACUUCCGCCAGCCAGCAGCUCCAAUGGAACGGCUGCGGUUAAUGACCGCGGGGAUAGAAUUGCGGAAUCGCGAAUGAAUCUGCGUAUCGAUGAAUUAGCCCGCGAGCGAGACGGUUAUCAAGAGCUUCUGCGGGAUGCCGUUAGUCGCAUAUUUGACUUGGAAACACAGCUGCGCCUGGAAUCGGAACAUCCGGAAUUGGAACUGCUGCAGCAGAAGGCCAUUGAAAUCUAUAAAAAAUCCAAAAUGACCAUUAAUGCGCUGAAUAACGAUGCGGCUGAGCUGCGACAGAUGUACAAAAUGGAAAGAAACGAAAAGGGAAAGAUUCGCCUGGAACUGGUGGCUGCUCAGAAAGAGCUGGAGUUGUUGCGAACCAGAUCGAAAUUGCAGGAAAAUAAUUUGAAUGAAUCGGAAUCCACCAUUAAACGUCUGACGGACGAAUGUUUUAGCUUACAACAGGCGCUGGCUACAUCAGAAUCCACAAUUACGAUGUUUAAACAAGAGCGAAAUGUGCGGAUGAAUGACAGUCAAGCCGCCGUAGAACGAAACUUAAUUCUGGCGCAAAAAUGCGAAGAGUUAGGUCGCAAUAAUGCAGAAAACAUUAAUAAACUGGAGGAAGCCGUAGAAUUCGGUGAAAAAGCAAUUCGGGCGCGCGAUCAACUGGCUCAACGGCUGCGGGAACAAGCGGCGGAAAUGGCCGAACUUCGCGAACAAGAAGCCAAAACAUACAACGAUUUGACAGAAAAAUCCAAACGCGAUAUUCAGCAAAUCAAACAAUCCAGCGAAGACAUCGUUAGUCAGCUGAAAGAGGAUGUCCGCCAACUGGAGAGUAAAGUGAUGGAUAAAGAUAUUGAAGUGAACCGGGGACUUCGGGAGAUAAAAGCUCUCCAACAACAUGUCAACCGAAUGGAGAACGACGUCCUGACGGCUAACCGGCAGACGACAACGCCGGAAGAGCUUUACCGACGUCUGCAUCUCGUCGAGCAAGAACGGGAUCGAUUAGCUCUACUAGUGGAAAGUAUACAAACCUCUUUAAAGCAGAAAAUCGAGGAAAUGAACCAGCGGGAAAUCAAAUUUGAGAAGAGCAUGAAAGAUCAGAAUGAUCGCCUGAAACAGACCGUCGAGCGCUGUGAAGCGCUCAAUAAUGAGCGUGUACAGAUGGCCGAAGAAAUUCACCGACUGGAAAUGGAAUUGGGGGUCAAAGACAAAUCUUUGCAAGUUAUGAAUCGGGAAAUUCAGUCAGAGGUUUUCACCUUGCGGGAAAAAACGAAAUUAGCGGAAGCUGAGCGUAUUGCGCGGGAAAUCGCAAUGGAAGAGUCGCAAAAACAGAGUUUGUUGGAUAUGCAGCAAGUUAACAAGCUGCUUCGUCAACAAGUAGCACACUGGCAGGCUGAGUUCAAUAAUCUUCAAAAUAUCAAUGAGCUCCGUGUCCGUGAUCUGAAAGAAAAACUGCAGCAGUCGAAACAACGUCAAGAAACAUUAGAAAGUGAAGUAAGACGUCAUGGUCUCCUAAACACCGAAAUGUUGGUACGUAUGGAAGAAGUGAAGAACGCGAUGAUGUCUAUGAACACUGGGGAAUAAGUGUGGCAUAGAUAUGAAAAAGCUUAAGGAUCGGCUAUUCGGCUUACAUCUCUUUAUUGACGUUUUUGUAUUAUUUUGGUCCGAAAUGCCUAAUUACACUGCCCGGUAUGGUGUGCCUAAUCUCAAUUACUGAAAAAUAUAGGAUUGUAUUGAUGUAUUUACAUAAAUAUGUGGUGUCGAAUGUCGAUCCCCUGUUCUUGUCUAUUAAUCUGCUGAUUUUUUUUACUUUUUUAGGCUAGAUUUUUUAUUGAUUCCGCCUUUUAUUUUUAUGUUCACCUUUGAGGGUAAUCUUAUAUACGCAAGCCCAAA